UCUUCGACUUCGACUGCUCAGCUCAGACUGCUGUUGGUCUUUGAAGUAGAGGACGCCGUUCGGACAUUUUGUAUUGCCAUAUGUUUGAAAUAUUUUAGUUGUAUAUAAAUUCGAAAUGAGCAGAGAAGCAGAAUUACUUAAAAUUAAUGAUGAUCUCCGUAAGAGAAUAGAUGAGUUAGAAAGAAAAAACAAUGUAGUAAGAAAAAAAAUUACUGAGAUGUCUUCUCAAGUUGUAGAUUCUAAUCCUUACAGCCGUUUGAUGGCUUUGAAAAAGAUGGGUAUAGUUGAAAAUUAUGAGCAAAUCAGGACAUAUUGUGUUGCUAUUGUUGGUGUCGGAGGAGUGGGUAGUGUUGCUGCUGAGAUGUUAACACGUUGUGGAAUUGGUAGAUUACUCCUUUUCGAUUAUGACAAAGUUGAGUUAGCAAAUAUGAACCGACUGUUCUUCCAACCACACCAAUCUGGCCUCAGUAAAGUUGAAGCAGCUGCUGAAACUCUCCGAAAUAUAAAUCCAGAUGUUGAAAUAAUGACGUUCAACUAUAACAUCACCCUGCUAGAUAACUUUGAAAAUUUUCAGUGUUCUCUCAUGACGCAAGGAAUGAAUGGUAAAGCUGUUGAUAUAGUGCUAAGUUGUGUAGACAAUUUUGAAGCUAGAUUGACAAUCAAUGCAUUAUGCAACGAAAAUGAUUUAUGCUGGUUUGAGUCUGGUGUAGCUGAGAAUGCUAUAUCUGGUCAUAUUCAAUUCAUCCACCCUGGGAAAACUGCAUGUUUUGCUUGUGUUCCUCCACUAAUAGUAGCUUCUAAUAUUGAUGAGAAAACUUUGAAAAGGGAUGGAGUGUGUGCAGCUAGCUUGCCUACAACUAUGGCUAUAGUAGCUGGGUUCCUCGUUCAGAACUGUUUAAAAUAUCUCCUUAAUUUUGGCGUGGUAGCCCAUUAUCUUGGUUAUAAUGCAUUGAAUGAUUUCUUCCCUUCUAUGAGUCUUAAACCGAAUUUGAAUUGUGAAGAUAGAUAUUGCCGAAUGAGGCAAGAAGAAAAAGCAGGUGAAACCUCUGAAGAAGCAGCAAUAAAAGUGGAGGAGGAAGCUCCAUUACAUGAAGACAAUGAAUGGGGCAUUUCUUUGGUUGACGAGAGUGUUGAGGAGCAGAAAGCAUCUGUUGGUGUUACUGGCAUCGAAUUUGCAUACACUUUAGAAUCUGAGAAAGCUAACAAAGAAUCAGAUCAUAAAGGAAUGGAUGAUGUUAGUUUAGAAGAUCUCAUGGCUCAAAUGAAAUCUAUAUGAUUGAAUAAAAAGAAUAUUUUGUGU